ACCAUCACAUUCGCUCGACCAGAGUAAAUGAUCAAAUCGCCGUGCGUGUGACAAACAACAAACCGUCGUUGGUUCAAUUUGGUGCUUGGGCGAUGAAACCCGAUCGACCGUUUGGAAUAAAAAAGCGUAAAAGAUGUCCGGGAUCGCGUAAGUUUCGUGUGAGCAUUAAGAAACUUGGACAUUCAGAAGUUGAAAUGCAAGAUGAAUGGGGAACAUCACAAACAUGCGCGAAUUGUCAGGAACGUUUUCCAAGGCACACAAAAGAUGAUCGAUUUAAAGUGUGCUACGAUUGUAGAGCGAAAAAGAUUGAUGGCCUGCCAGAUUCAGUCGCUGGACUGCCAGAUAUCAUUGUGUCAACGGUCAACAGACGUGUUUUGAGAAGAAAACGUGCAAUUAUUAAGCGACAAAUUAUCGAUGGCAAUCGUGAGGCUGUGAACGAAAAAAUUCGGACUGGGCGUUUAAUGUCAAAGGUUAAAGUUACCUACAAAAAUUGGCCAUUAAAUGUUGAUGAUGAUGAUGUUGUUCCACAAACAGUUACUUGGCACCGAGAUAUUGUUGCAGCAAAAUGCAUUAUGCUCAAAGGACUUUGCCGGAUCUUUGAUGUACCAUUGCCAGUUUCAUUGUUAAGACCGCCGGACUACAACAACAAUGUCAACUAACAAACAUCAUCAAUUAAUCAUACAUUCAAAAAAUUACAUAAAAUAAAAUAUUUUAACUAUUAUAGUUAGCUUAGCUAGACAUGAACAGACUAUAUAAAGUCUUGUGGUCUAGUUGUACAAUAGUACAACAUUGUACGGAGGGGGAGUGCCCGUAGGUGAGUAAAGUUUUUAAUUUAAAAAAAGUAUUUUAUACCCAGUUCAACUGAUAUUAAUGGUUGUCUUUCCCUUUUUCCAUGUUUUCACACCUGAAUGUUCCACCAUGCCAAACCUAUGGAAAUGACUGAAACUACACACGAAUCUAACCCCGAAAACGACCGUCAAUAUGUGCUUCAUAAUGGAUGCAUUUGCCCUAUCAAUUGUUUG